AUAAUGAUCACAUCGACUUCAAAAUCUCGGGAGAUCGCUGGUGUACCAACAGAUGUCAUCCUGCAACCAUUCGCUGAUCGCAUUCUCGUGCUUAUCACGCAAUUGGGGAAAGUUGGCAAUCUCAUACAAGCUACGAUACCGGCCACAACCGCACUCCAGCCCGCUCCGUCGUCGGACGAUACUCUUUCGGCCAGCGCUGCGUUACCUCCACCGCCGCCUACCAUCCAGCUUACUCCGUUGCUGGGGGCUGCACCGUCGGAACACAUCCGCACACUUCACUCUCUGUAUGCAUCACAAGCUGCUACGAUCAUCUGGUUUUCCGAGAAUAAAGAAGUGCUCGGCGAAGUGCCUCGGAGGGGCGUGAUUGUUGGUGUCGCCCUCAAGAAGCUUGGCGGGGAUGAGAUCUUGGGGACAUCCAUAUCUGAUACCGAAAGGGAAACGUUCAUGGGUGUAAUGACCUUGCUCGGCGAAAUGACGCAAGGACGCGAAUGA